AUGUCUGUGGCCUAUCUGGGACUGAGGCAAUUCGACGACGCAGUAAAUUAUGCAAGGGAAGGCAUUCGUAUAUAUAAACACUUUGCUCUACAGAAUCAUCCAGGUCAUGGCACAGCUUGUAAUAAUUUGGCCUUAGUACUCUAUCAUCGAAGUGAACUGAAAGAAGCACUAGAAAUGUUUAAAGAAUCUUUGAAUAUUCGUUUGAACGUUUCUCCACAGAAUCCUGUUGACAUUGCUGACUCUUACAACAAUAUUUCUCAGGUUUAUCACGAUCAGAAAACCUUUGAUGAAGCAAUUAAAUGUUUAAAUGAAAGAUUGAAAAUCCAGUUGGAGUCUCUACCAGCAAAUGAUCCAGCAUUAAUAAUAACUUAUAAUAAUUUGGCUAAGUCAUUGCAAGCACAGGGGAGAAUAGAAGAUGCACUAAUGUAUUCGAUAAAAGCCUCGAAAAUUCAGUAUAAGCCAUGA